CACCCCCCCCAGACAGGACCAGGAUCUUCAGCAUCCAGUAACCUUUAAAGGUGUCUUUUGAUUGAGGAAGAGAUGGCCACAGACAAGCAAAUGACGGGAAAUUUAAUCACGGCGGUUGGCGUGGCUGUGAUCGGUUCGCUGCAGUUUGGGUACAACACCGGAGUCAUCAACGCUCCUCAGAAGGUGAUUGAGAACUUUUUGAACGAUACCUGGAUUUACCGCUACAAUGAACCAAUCAGCCAGGGUACCCUCACCAGCCUCUGGUCUCUGUCCGUCUCCAUUUUCUCCGUGGGGGGCAUGUUUGGCUCGUUUUCUGUCGGGCUCUUCGUCAAUCGCUUUGGAAGGAAAAACUCCAUGCUGAUGAACAACUUGCUGGCAUUCAUCGCGUCGGCCCUGAUGGGAUUUUCCAAGCUUGCCGGCUCUUACGAGAUGCUGAUAAUGGGACGUUUCUUCAUUGGCAUCUACUCCGGUUUGACCACCGGCUUCGUCCCCAUGUACGUGGGCGAGAUCUCCCCCACCAACCUCCGGGGGGCGUUGGGCACUCUCCACCAGCUGGGAAUUGUCGUCGGGAUUCUGAUCGCGCAGAUCUUCGGCUUGGAGUCGCUGAUGGGAAACGAAUCCCUUUGGCCUCUGUUGCUUGGUUUCAUCUUCAUCCCGUCCUUGGUCCAGUGCAUCGCCUUCCCUUUCUGCCCGGAGAGCCCCCGCUUCCUCCUCAUCAACAGGAACGAGGAGAACAAGGCCAAGAGCGUUCUGAAGAAGCUUCGGGGGACAACUGACGUGAGCAGCGACCUGCAGGAGAUGAAGGAGGAGAGCCGGCAGAUGAUGAGGGAGAAGAAGGUCACCAUCCCCGAGCUCUUCCGCUCCCCCCUUUACCGGCAGCCGCUACUCAUUGCUGUGGUCCUGCAGUUAUCCCAGCAGCUGUCGGGCAUCAACGCUAUAUUUUACUAUUCGACAAAUAUUUUCGCCAAAGCCGGGGUAGGGCAGCCCGUUUACGCCACGAUCGGCUCAGGCAUCGUCAACACCGCUUUCACGGUUGUCUCGCUGUUCGUGGUGGAGCGCGCGGGCAGGAGAACGCUGCACCUGAUCGGGCUGGCGGGGAUGGGCAGCUGUGCCGUGCUCAUGACCAUCGCUCUGGUGUUGUUGGACCAGCAGUCGUGGAUGAGUUACCUGAGUAUCAUUGCUAUCUUCGGCUUUGUGGCGUUCUUCGAGAUCGGGCCAGGGCCCAUCCCCUGGUUUAUCGUGGCUGAACUCUUUAGCCAAGGCCCUCGGCCAUCAGCCAUCGCCGUAGCCGGCCUCUCCAACUGGACGGCCAACUUCAUAGUGGGGAUGGGCUUCCAGUACAUCGAGAUGGUGUGUGGGCCCUACGUCUUCAUCAUCUUCACGGUUCUGCUCCUGAUCUUCUUCAUUUUCACCUACUUCAAAGUGCCGGAGACGAAGGGCAGGACAUUUGAUGAGAUCGCCUUGGGUUUCCGCCAGGGUGGGGCAGGCAACUCGCCCGAGAAGAUGGCCCCCGAGGAGAUGAAUAGCCUGGGAGCCGAUUCCCAGGUUUAGCCAAACCACCAGCCAGCUGGACAUUCGUCACGCACUGCUCCUCAAUCUCCCCCGCGCUCCCCCCCACCACCCCC